AUACCUCUUUAAUUCUUUUUUUUAAUAAUUUUCAUCAAUAAUUUUUAUAGUUUUUAAUUAGAAGGCUAUAAUAAUAACAAGAAAUAAUAUAAAUAAUAUAAAAUAAUAAUAAUAGUAAUAUCAAUAACAAAAAUGAUAAUAUUAAAUAAUCAUGUAAAAGUAAUAAAAAAGUGUUGUGGUGUUGGCUAUUAUUAUAUAGUAUUGGCUAUGAGUCCAUAUUUAGCUAGAGCCAUUUACUAAUUGCAAAUUCAAUUUUAAAUAGUUUUUUGUUUCUUCAUUUUAAUAUUAGUUCAUAAAAGAUUUUCUAAAACAAAUAUGUGGAAAAGAGCCGUUUGGCAAGAAGAUUUGCAAGAAGAAGAAGGUGUAAUUCCUUCUAAUUGGAUAGAUAAUAAAACAGUUUAUUGGCCUCCUGGUACAAAAGCUUUAAACGCAAUGAAAGCACGCCAAAAUCCUGAGAAGAAUUGGCUGAAGUUUCCAUUAAUAAAAGUUAAAUUCUCUUCAGAAAGCAAACAGGAUUGUGAAAAUUUUGAUUUCACAACCACAGAAGAAAAAAGCGACAAUGAAGAUGUUGAUUUUCAUCGAAAAAGAAAAUAUAAACAAAGAGAAUUUCCUGAUUAUUUUCCAAGUUCAGUUAUCAAAGAUUUGGAUGAAGUGUCAAUGUUCCUGACCUCCAGUAGUUCAUCAAUUAAAUCUAUAGAACCAAAAGUUGACAUGGAUGGAAAGAACCUAAACUCACCUUUCCCAAAGUUUUUCCAAGAAGACAUCAAUUCUUCUUUGUUUUUUAAAGAUAUAGCACACGAUGAAGUUAAGGAAAGUGGAAAUAAACUACAGAAAUUAGAUAACGUUGAUAAGUUUCCAAUGUCUGAGGGCAAGUUUCAAAAGAGAGUGUUGUAUCUACUUACCGAUAUAAGAAAUGAGAUGCGAAAUCAAAACAGAUUGAUUGAGCCUGCUUCCAAUAGUGAAUUUGUAAACCAAAUAAGGUUUAUUUCAUCAGAAGUGGAGUUAACUGAAGUGGAUAAAACAUUAGAUGACGAAAAAGUGCGUUUAUUGUGGGUAAAUCAGCUACAAUUAAUUGGUGGAACAUCUUUAAAAGAUAAAAUACACAAAAUUAUGCUGAGAAUAUUUUCAAACAGUUUUAUGGCCACCAUGAGUAUGAAAGGCAAAAAUGGCAAAAUUUGUUUUAAGAACACUAAUUUAUAUGGCGUCGUUAAAGCUUCUACUAUUAAAUACGAUGGAGCGACAGAAAAUUUGAUUAAUGGAGUAUUGUCUGAUUUCCUAAAAUACGCUCCAUUUCGAAAAGGUGGCGUCCUUGGUCGUCCAUCGUUUUUUCGUCCAGUGCGUUAUAUCGUGCACUAUCCUUCACCAAUUAAUAAACUUGGUAUUGGUGUUCAUUUUCACCCCGCUGUUCAUAGUCACCCCCGUUCACGUUCAGUUCGAGACUUUAUCGAGAGUGUUGUGAUUCCUGAAAUAAAAUUACAAUAG